AUGGAACAUCCCCAUAGCAACGCUGAGGGCAAGGUUGAACGGCCAGCAGUCAAGAUCGAAAGCUGUGCUCCAUGGAGCCUCACACCGGCUCAAGAUACGGAAACACCGGCUCCGAACUCAGUACUCCCUACCCCUCGUCGUUCUAGCGCAGCAAGCAGAGCUGGCACUGUAGCACUUUCGAUCGCUUCCUUCGAAACUGGAUUGCAUCAGCCCGUGCCUCCCGGCCUUGAGCGCCCGCCAGAUGGACGUAAAGCCGACUCAAUCCAUAGCCCUGCCUACAACAACCCUCAGCAGGCGCAACAUCAACCCAGACGGAACCCUGACCCACCGAAGCGGCACGCAUACUAUCCCAAGCGGCAUCACGGCACAUCGGUGCCUCAGGCACAGUCACCAUUGUCCAGUAACACCUGGGGGGCCGACAUGUUUCCCAAAUAUCCCUACGCAAACCUAAAUCCAUCUGCACACCCUCAGACGACAUCAACGGCCUUCAACAUCAACCGUUUGGCUUGCUGGCAGCGAAGAAACCUGACUAGUGCUGGCUUACUGCAAGGCGACUUUCCCAAAACUUCGAACAGACCAGACCUCCAGGUCCAAGAUCAUACAUGGUUAUCGACUCCUCACUUUACCCCAGCCGCUAGCCACCCCAUCCUAGGACACGUUGCGUUGUCGGAUGUGUUACCCAUUAUGUUGGACAAGAUCUCGGGCAGUUUGAGCAAUCCUCGGCAAGAGGAUGUCAAUAUUGGUAACAUCUUUAUCCAAAUGUAG